AAUGGGGACCGCUACUUCAAAGGCCUGGUCUUUGCCAUCUCCAGCGACCGCUUCCGUUCCUUCGAUGCGCUCCUCAUGGAGCUUACCCGUUCCCUGUCAGACAAUGUGAACCUGCCCCAGGGCGUCCGCACAAUCUACACCAUAGACGGCAGUCGGAAGGUCACCAGCCUGGACGAGCUGCUAGAAGGUGAGAGUUACGUGUGUGCCUCCAAUGAACCGUUUCGUAAAGUUGAUUACACCAAAAACGUUAAUCCGAACUGGUCUGUGAACAUCAAGGGAGGUACAACCCGAGCCUUGGCCGUGGCCUCUGUGAAAAGUGAGGUGAAAGAAAGCAAGGAUUUCAUCAAACCCAAGUUAGUGACUGUGAUUCGAAGUGGAGUGAAGCCUAGAAAGGCCGUGCGGAUCCUUCUGAAUAAAAAGACUGCCCAUUCCUUUGAGCAGGUCCUAACGGAUAUCACAGAAGCCAUUAAACUAGACUCAGGUGUGGUCAAGAGGCUGUGCACCCUGGAUGGAAAGCAGGUUACCUGUCUGCAAGACUUUUUUGGUGAUGAUGAUGUUUUUAUUGCAUGUGGACCUGAAAAAUAUCGUUAUGCCCAAGAUGACUUUGUCCUGGAUCAUAGCGAAUGCCGUGUUCUGAAGUCAUCUUAUUCCCGAGUCUCAGCUGCUAAGUAUUCUGGAUCCAAAAGCCCAGGACCCUCUCGCCGCAGCAAGUCACCAGCUUCAGUUAAUGGAACUCCCAGCAGCCAGCUUUCCACUCCUAAGUCCACGAAGUCCUCCAGUUCCUCUCCAACCAGCCCAGGAAGUUUCAGAGGACUGAAGCAGAUUUCUGCUCAAGGUGGAUCCUCUUCCAAUGUAAAUGGCGGACCUGAGCUUGACUGUUGCCUGAGUCCUGAAGGUGUGAAUGGAAAUAGGUGCUCUGAGUCCUUCACUCUUCUGGAGAAAUACAGAAUUGGGAAGGUCAUUGGAGAUGGCAACUUCGCAGUAGUUAAAGAGUGUGUGGACAGGUCGACUGGAAAAGAAUUUGCGUUAAAGAUUAUAGACAAAGCCAAAUGCUGUGGAAAGGAGCAUCUGAUUGAGAAUGAAGUGUCAAUACUGCGCAGAGUGAAGCAUCCCAACAUCAUCCUGUUGGUUGAGGAGAUGGAAACAGCGACCGAGCUCUUUCUAGUGAUGGAACUGGUCAAAGGUGGAGAUCUCUUCGAUGCAAUUACUUCUUCAACCAAGUACACUGAGAGAGAUGGAAGUGCCAUGGUAUACAACCUAGCCAAUGCCCUCAGAUAUCUGCAUGGCCUCAGCAUUGUACACAGAGACAUCAAGCCGGAGAAUCUUCUAGUAUGUGAAUAUCCGGAUGGAACCAAGUCUUUGAAACUGGGAGACUUUGGGCUGGCGACAGUGGUUGAAGGCCCUUUGUACACGGUCUGUGGCACACCGACUUACGUGGCGCCAGAAAUCAUUGCAGAAACAGGCUAUGGCCUGAAGGUGGAUGUUUGGGCAGCUGGCGUGAUUACCUACAUCCUUCUCUGUGGAUUCCCACCAUUCCGGAGUGAGAACAAUCUCCAGGAAGAUCUCUUUGACCAGAUCUUGGCUGGGAAACUGGAGUUUCCAGCCCCCUACUGGGACAACAUUACAGACUCUGCCAAGGAGUUAAUCAGUCAAAUGCUUCAGGUAAAUGUUGAAGCUCGCUGUACAGCAGGAGAAAUUCUGAGUCACCCCUGGGUGUCCGAUGACGCAUCCCAGGAGAAUAAUAUGCAAGCUGAGGUUACAGGUAAACUAAAACAGCACUUCAGCAAUGCGCUCCCCAAACAGAACAGCACCACCACUGGGGUGUCAGUCAUCAUGAACACGGCUCUAGAUAAAGAGGGGCAGAUUUUCUGCAGCAAGCACUGUCAAGACAGCAGCAAACCAGCGAGGGAGCAGACCUCGACAGUCCCUCCUGCAGCCCAGGAGGCCCCUCCCCUACAAGAGUCUCCCAAGUCCCCUAGUCCUCCAGCCACCUCCGGCUGUGAUCUGACAGGGACCUGGCGCCGCCACCGAGACUGAACUCUGUGUAGACAGGCCCGAAGCUGCUCGAGGCCCAACGUGCCAGGAAGGCCAUUCUUCCACCAGGCCUCACCAUCCCAUCAAGCCCACCAUCUCCUUGCUGAAGGAGCCUUUCUUUCCUCACUGCUGCUUUGACAGUUUGCUGGCAUGUUCGGUCACUGUCCGGGAAUAAGACUGGGGUAUCCUGAGCCAGCAUGGCCUCAUGUACUUUGGGCUCUGCCCUCUAGUUCCUGGCAUGACAAGCCAUGUCAGUUGUGGAGAUACUUGGAGUGACUCAUUUUAAAUCAUCCAUGUUUCUACCCAGAGAAUGUGCAACCUUUAUCGGGAAUUCCGUUCUUUUUAUAGAAAUGUAUUGGAUGAACUAGGAUUCUCCUAUUGACGGAUACUCCAAGUGCUUCCUUCUCACGGGGGAUGUUCUCUGAAAAGCAACAUGGCCUCUUCCUCUUCUAGGGGGCCUGAGGCUCCUGGCUUCUGAAUAAAAGAAAUGAGUACCUGAGAAGACCAUCUGGUCAUCACCCUCUAAUUCCUGGUGUAGGGGCUGUGUUCUGACUCCCCAGGAAGCAGCAGCUCCCCUCUGGCUGGGGUGCUGGGCUUGCAGACCUAGCAGAUACGCCCUCAGUUUCCCCUACCUUUCCCUAUGUGUGUUUUAAGAAAUGCUUAUGAAGUUGGCCUGUGGGCUUCGCAGUGGAAUGUGCAGCAGCUCUUGGCAGAGCAGGAUCAGCUCGGCUGAGUCACCACCAGGGUCUCCUCUCCCUCUGCUCUCUGUCAGGAGCAGGCCGAAAGCCAUGGCAGGUCUUCUAAGACCCAGCGGGGACUGGGGUGCAUGGUGCUCCUUGAAUGUUCUGUGACCAACCUUCUGGAAGGCUGCUGGCAGUUUUUCCUUUUUUUCCACCGCCCUACUCUUUUUAAUAAUUGUAUAUAACUAUG